AUGGAGUAUGAGGCUGCAAUAGAAGGAGUUUAUGGAAAUGGCGCUUUCCACAUGGCAUUCAUGUUUUUCACUGCCCUUAUCAAUUUCAACAUUGGGUGCGAGUUCCAGUCAGUUGUCUUCCUCGACUUUGUUCCCAAGUUCACAUGUUUGGAUGUACAUCCUAAGAGCAAUUUUUCUGAGCACUCCCAACUAAACAAUAGCAGUCAAAUUAACUUCUUUCAUCUCAGAAAAGGCCCUGACCAAUGUUUCAUUGGUAAUACAAGUGUUAAAUGUAAAAAUUUUCACUUCGACAACUCCUUAAUGAAUCGUUCAUUAGUGACGGAUUACAAUCUCGUAUGUGAUCGCAACUACAUUGCCAAGCUGUUAACUUCAGCUAGUCUUAUCUCUGUCGCGUUGGGUCAUAUUUUAGCGGCGUUUACUGACAAACUCAGCCGUAGAAAGAUGAUCAUAUUCUACACAAUUUGGGAGAUGUCUUGCAGUUUGGCAAUACCAUUUGCUCCCAAUCUACCCCUUGUGUUUCUUUUCCGCAUUUUACGAGGUUUCUCAGCUCCUCUCGCUUACUAUGGAUCGUGCCUACUCCAGGAGCUACUUCCGACUGACAAAAGAACAAUUUAUGGAAAUCUAUAUUGGAUAUCUUUCUCCGGUGGCUAUAUGGCUUCGGCAGGUUUAGCUUACUGGACAAGAGACUGGUACCUCUACCGACUCUACGGUCUAGUUGGCUUAAGCGGUUACCUCUGCCUAUUUCUCAUCCUACCAGAAUCUCCUCGUUGGCUUUGUGCAAAUGGAUAUUAUGAGGAUUUCAGAAAAUUCCUUGCAAAAAUUGCUAAAUGGAAUAAGGUGAAAAUAUCCGACGACUAUCUUGAGGAAGCUGUGGCGUCUGCCAAAAAUUUGGUGACGAAAAUACCUGUCAACAGUGCUUCUGAACGUGAUAAAAAUGUACCCACCAAUUUCUUCCGUGUAUUCUACUACCCGAACAUGCUCAAAAAGCUGGGUAUUUUCUGCAUUCGUGUUCCCACUGUUGCCAUCUGCUACUACGGUCUUUCUGUUAAUGCAAAUGUUGCAAGUGACGAUAUAUUUCUCAAUGUAUUCUUCAUGGGAUUAGCUGAGCUGUUCGCUUGCCCAUUUGGAUUACUAGUUGGACGCUGUCUCAAUAGACGGAUGUCUUCAGUGUUUUUCAAUGCAUUUAUCAUUCCCUGCCUCUUGCUCGGACCUAUAAUUCGACCAUAUUCCACCACCGCUAAUCUUCUUAUCUUUAUAAUUGGUAAGAUUAUGGUAACUACGGCUUAUAAUAUGACUGUUAUCCACAUGUGUGAAGUCUUUCCCACACCUGUAAGGGCCAUGGGUUUAUUCACAACUCUUGCCAUUUCUUGUGGUUUCUCUGGUUUUGCUCCAUUUAUUAACGGAUUAGAUAGGAGACACUUCUGUCUCCCGGGGCUCCUCUACUCUGCCAUGUGCUUUAUCACAGGAAUUUUGGUAGUCCUCUACCUUCCUGACACCAAGUACUGUCCAAUGGCUCAAACAUUGGAACAAGCUGAAUCUCUAUACCACGGCAACGAAGAAGAAUGGAUCGAGAUGAUGUUGAACCCACAAAGUGUUGAAAUUUCAAUAGAUAGCGACUCAGGACUGUCAAAAAAUUCCAAUGAUGUAAUAAAUUAUCUUUAA